AUGGACAUUUCUCCUGGUGCCAUGCCUGGCCAUGGGCUGACUCAUCAAUUGAUUAUAGACGCAAAAAGUGUGACGAACAACGACCGGUAUGUUCGCGAUGCGAAAAUACCUAUUCGCGCUGCGUUUGGCCUCAACAUCCGCAACGACCGUCAAGCACUCGCUCUGGGAUGUCCGUCUGGCCUUGAAACUGAUUAUGCUGGUGCUUCCGGUUUUGAGUAUAACGCUGUUCUUGUGCAGCCAACGUCUCUACUGCCUAGUAGACCGGGAGCCACUUCUGUGCACACCAAUCUUGGAGAGUGCUUGGACUCCAGUCUUUUGCCAUCUUCGAUCAUUGCCCAUACCGAACUCUUACAGGCCACACCGGCGCUCAGCCAGAGUACAUAUCCUUCGUUCCGUGGCGCGACCGUCUCGAGGGGUGCCAACAAUACAGCCUUGAAAAAAUGGGAGUAUGCUCAAGAAUACGGGCUGAGAGUAAUCUGGCCGCCCGAAGAUAGAGAGAACAACCCCGACUUUGACUCUGAAGGAGUCAUGCCUGUAUUAUCCAAGUCCAUUGACACGUUGGUCCGGACGGCCGUGUUUGAGCCAGUGUUUCAGGAGAUACUCCACUUUUAUUCAACAUAUCUGAGUCGAAUAUACUAUGAUUAUGCUGUGGUCAACGAAGACACUAUGGGAUGGAUAUUAGAAAGAUUUAAACUAUCAAAGGCGGGGAAAUAUGCGAUACUUGCCACUGCAACUUUGUUCCGGUCCAACUACGAACAGUCUCCGUCAACUAGGUCACUACGCGAUCACACGAAAGAGCUACACGCAAUUGCUUUGAAGCAGCUUGACUUGGAAUUAAACAGUAUUGAGGUAUCACCACAGGCCAAGUUAGUAGCAUUGGAAGAGAUGACGCGUUACGAGUACUUUGCCAAUACAUCCUCUAAUUACUUUCCGCACCUGACGCAGUCCGCCUCUAUUGUUAGAGAAAUUCUACAAAGCGAUACAAUCGACUUGUUAAGUCUUAGUGGUGAUGACACCCAUGACAUUCGUUGCUUUGCUUGGUGCGAUAUUACGAACAGCAUGGCAACUUCACGGCCUACGUUACUCAAUUAUGAAUCAAAUCUUGAGUGUACACAACAUUUUGACUGGGAAGAUGCUCAUGCCAACCCAAGCAAGGGGAUAGAGUGGAUAUAUGGGUGUCCCGACGUCAUUGCCGUUCUCAUGGCUCGUACCAUAGCUCUCAAGCACCUCAAGAUUUCAAGGGAGGAAAGACUAUCGCGAGGAGCAAAGCUUGAGCAACUGAUAUUUGGCUGGCGCUUUCGACCGACGCACGCCAAAGGGUCUGUGAUGCGAGUCGCCAGGGUCGGCGUCCAGGAGAUGUGGCGACAUGCGGCUAUAAUACAUAUUCACCAGGCGAUAUUCAGAUCAGAUCCCACUCACUCUGUCGUGAGAGACUCUGUCAAGAACAUAAUCAAAAUUGCAUCCACCCUCAAACCGGGAGUUAACCCUGACUCCCCUCAAGUUGACAAUACUACCCAACCUUUAGGCGGGGCAUUUGCAAUCUCGCCAAAGGACCGGUACACGCUGAAAUCUCGAAUUAUUGGGUGCGGGAAUGAGCCCAUUCUGAGAAAUCUUGCGGUCAACCUUGACGAUGUUUGGGCAAGAACCGACUCAACUGGGCGUUUCUCAAGUUGGUCGGAUAAGGAGAAUUCGGCCAUCUUUUUCUAA